GGAAGCAUUUUUUGUUGUGCGUAAGAUAACGGACGCAUGACACGUGAACAUGAAUUAAAUUCCAAAGUGCAUCUGAGUUUUUCACUUCUUUUAAUAAUCGUGUCACAAGUGAACAAACCGAACAAAAUAAUUAUGACUCGCUUGACGAGUCUACCACCAAUAGCCAGGUUGUCUAGCAGGGUAAUUCGAAUUAUGGGCUGUAAUCCUGGACCGAUGACACUGCAAGGCACAAACACUUACCUCGUUGGCACAGGACGCAGACGUGUGCUGGUCGAUUCGACAGAAGCUAAGACAGCCGAAGCUUACAUAAAGCUCCUGGAAAAUGUGUUGACCGAGGAGAACGCGGCAAUCGAGCACUUGGUGGUGACACAUUGGCAUCACGACCACAUCGGCGGCGUCAAACCCAUACAGAAUUUGUUGAAGAAUCUAUUUCCUGCAGACGAACAGCCGACCGUGUGGAAACUGCCACGUUCGCCAAACGAUGACACAUCGGACGAUGAGAAGUCCAUCCAGUGGAAGCCUCUAAAGGACGACCAGAUAGUGGAAGUCGAAGGAGCGAAACUCCAAGUAAAAUACACGCCCGGACACACCAGCGAUCACAUCUGUCUGCUACUGCAAGAUGAGAAUAUUUUGUUCAGCGGCGAUUGUAUUCUUGGGGAGGGCACGACGGUCUUCGAGGAUCUUUACGAUUACAUGAUGUCCCUCGACAAGAUCCUGAAAAUCCAGCCGAAAAUGAUAUAUCCGGGCCACGGUCCGGUUGUGGACAAUCCCGAGCAGCGUAUACAUUAUUAUAUCAAGCACAGGCAACAGAGGGAGAAUGAUAUUCUGAAGAUGCUGGAAGAGGAAGAAAAUAGUAAACCGAUGACGGAGAUGGAUAUCGUCAAGCGGAUGUACAAAGAUACUCCAGAAAAACUGUGGCUAUUUGCAGCGUUUACUGUAGGACUUCACCUUCGCAAGCUGCAGAAAGAGGGGAAAGUGUCGCAAGAAGUAGAAGGUGGCUGGUGGAGGGUUAAAAAUAAAAUAUAAAUAUAUGCAAUAUAGCACAAAUAUUUAGAAAAUUUGAUUAAUAUUUAUAGAACUAAAGAUCUAAUUUUAAUCAAUUAUUUACAAAGUUAUAUUUUUCAUUAAUUAAUGAUUCUCAAAGGUAGAUUUGAGAAAUGGAUCUAAAAAUUCUAAUUUAAUAUUUGUAAAUAAAGAAUUUUGUAUCCCGAAAAAAACUUUGUGUGUAAAAGUUAAUCUGCUAAAAUUGAAAUUUUCACGUAUAAUAUUUUGAAUAUUCUUAAACUUCCACUUAAGCUGAAAUUAAGAACGAGAUUAAACACGAGUUUAAUAUUUAGAUAAUUGAAAAGGUAGAGAAACUGGGAAAAGUCCGUAAAAUUAAUUACGCGCGCGGAUAUUUGUGAAACUGAUUUAUUCAACGCACAAGAGUAAAUAAUGAUACAUUGUUACGAAUUUCUGUCGAAGUUAGGCUGAUAGCUGUUAUCAUUGAUGUGCGUACAGCGAGAAGAGUACACAAGUUUACGACAAUUUCAGGUAGUACAUAUCGCAAGUGGUACACAAGCUAUUUUUCCUGUUUAGGCGAACCAUUAGUCAUCGCGUGCGAUUACGGACACAUUACAACGGUCAAUAUAAAAUAUAUAUAUAUAUAUAUGUGUGUAUGUAAUGUAUGUAUAUGCAUGUAUAUACUUGGCUACAAAGACAUGUCGCAACAAUAA